CGGCGGAGUGGACGGGUCGCGCGUGAGUGACUGAGAGUUCCGCAUCUCGCGCAAAGCUUGUCAAGCAGCGCUCAAAGUGAGCAGCUGCGCUCCUCGUAACGAUGGCAGACACACCGGAGCUGAUGGACGAGGACGAGCCCUUCUUCAGUAACCUGGACAUCUUACUCUUCUCUCUCAUCGCUGGCCUGCUCGUCUACUGGCUCGUAUUCCGCAAAAAAGUCGAGCCCAUCCCGGAGUUUAAAAAACUAGAGUCUGUUGCUCAAACAACCAGGGAAACCAGUUUUAUUGACAAAAUGAAGAAAACGGGUAAGAACAUCGUGGUGUUUUACGGCUCACAGACGGGCACGGCUGAAGAGUUUUCCAACAGACUUUCAAAAGAUGCUCAUCGCUACGGCAUGAAGGGAAUGUCAGCGGACCCAGAGGAAUAUGAUAUGAGUGAGCUCUCCCGUCUGCCUGAGAUUGAGAACUCUCUGGCAAUCUUCUGCAUGGCCACAUAUGGAGAGGGCGACCCGACUGAUAACUCUCAGGACUUCUAUGACUGGUUACAGGAGGGCGAUGCUGACUUCACUGGAGUUAAAUAUACAGUGUUUUCACUGGGAAAUAAGACAUACGAGCACUACAACGCCAUGGGAAAGUAUGUGGACAAGAGACUGGCUGAGCUGGGAGCCCAGCGGAUCUUUGACCUGGGAAUGGGAGACGAUGACGGGAAUCUCGAGGAGGAUUUUGUGUCGUGGCGAGAGCAGUUCUGGCCGGCUGUGUGUGAACACUUUGGAGUCGAAGCGACGGGUGAAGAAUCCAGCAUCCGUCAGUAUGAGCUGAAGGUACACAGCGAUCUGAACAUGAAUAAGAUCUACACUGGAGAGGUGGGACGCCUCAAGAGCUUCGAGAACCAGAAGCCGCCUUUCGAUUCGAAGAACCCUUUCCUGGCUCCGGUCUCUGUGAACCGCAAGCUCAAUAAGGCCGGGGACAGACACCUGAUGCACCUGGAGCUGGACAUCACAGGCUCCAAAAUCAGGUAUGAAUCAGGAGACCAUGUGGCUGUGUAUCCCAUCAAUGACAGCGUCAUAGUCAACAGGAUCGGUGAGGUCCUCGGUGUGGACCUCGACACGGUCAUCUCGCUCAACAACCUCGACGAGGAGUCCAAUAAGAAGCAUCCGUUCCCCUGUCCCAGCACGUACCGCACCGCUCUGACACACUAUCUGGACAUCACCAAUCCUCCGCGCACAAACGUGCUUUAUGAACUGGCACAGUACGCCACCGAGCCCAAAGAGCAGGAGAACAUGAGGAAGAUGGCCUCCUCCUCGCCCGAGGGCAAAGCGCUGUACCAGAGCUGGGUGCUGGACUCGUGCAGGAAUAUUUUGGCUAUUCUGGAGGAUUUGCCGUCUCUGCGGCCGCCCAUCGAUCACCUGUGUGAGCUCCUGCCUCGACUGCAGGCCCGCUACUACUCCAUCGCUUCCUCCUCGAAGGUUCAUCCCAACAGCAUCCACAUCUGUGCUGUAGUGGUGGAGUACGAGACCAAGACAGGCCGGGUCAACAAAGGAGUCACCACUAACUGGCUGAAGAGCAAGAUGCCAACGGACAACGGACACAAGGCCACGGUGCCCAUGUACAUCCGCAAGUCUCAGUUCCGCCUGCCCUUCAAGUCCACAAACCCGGUUAUCAUGGUCGGCCCGGGCACUGGCAUCGCCCCCUUCAUGGGCUUCGUUCAGGAGCGCGGCUGGCUCAAAGAACAAGGUAAGGAAGUCGGAGAGACAGUGUUGUACUAUGGCUGCCGUCACAAGAACGAGGACUUCCUGUACCAAGAGGAACUGGAGGAGUUUGAGAAGACUGGAGUCCUGACGGCGCUCAAUGUAGCUUUCUCCAGAGACCAGGCAGAGAAGGUGUACGUACAGCAUCUGCUGAAGAAGAGCAAGGAGGCCGUCUGGAGACUGGUUCACACAGACAACGCUCACAUCUACAUCUGCGGAGACGCGCGGAACAUGGCGCGGGACGUCCAGAACGCCUUCUACGAGAUCGCAGAGGAGCUGGGAGGACUGAGCCGCGCUCAGGCGGUGGAUUACAUCAAGAAACUCAUGACUAAAGGACGCUACUCGCAGGACGUCUGGAGCUAAACCAGCUCUGCUUCUGUACAUUUUCCUGAUGUGUGCUUUUAUAAGGAUGAGUCGAAAUGUGUUCGCUAUCAUCGCUCCGAGAGAAAACACUAACACAUUACCUCAUUCUAAAAAGAAUUGUCACAUUAUGUUAGAGAAAAAAAUACUGUGUAGAAUCAUGAUCUUAACAUACUAAUCAAAUACAUACGCAUGAAUCUGUAUAAUCAAAAACACGGUCAUUUUUAGUCAGUGUCCACCAAACGCCAGACUAAAUGCAGAGCUGGAUUAAUGCUGUAACGCUACUGUGUAAGCAUGAAGAGACUUUAACUCACUGUUAUGGUUAGGAACUUGCUGAAAGUGGUUUUAAACAUGCCAAAAAUACGAUUCUUGGAGGAGCGUGAUGAGUAAAUGACUGGUAUCUUGAGUGUUUUCUGUGAAGUUGUUCACUUUCAACCUUCAGAUGUCGGAAACAUCACUUUUCCUUUUAGUUCUCUGAAGUGAAAGCAUCUGAAUGUCUAGAUUUUUCUUGUCACGCUUCUCUGAGAGCCUUGUGUGUAAAUGAGGAUGAGAGAGACCAGGGAACAGAUGCUGGUCUGGAAGCUCUAGUGCCUUAUAGGGCUGUCAAAAAAAAUUUAACAUAAAAAUCCACAAUUUGCAUUCAAAUUUUAA